CCUCUCAUUCAAAUGAAACACGAAAAGCUCACGAAGUACAUGAUGAAGAAUCAUCAGGCUUCAUUAUAGUUGGCGUGUGUGAACGAUGUAGCCAUUGUAGGCAGUGAAAGAAGGCGAAGAAAGAAGGGAAGAUUUGGACACAAUGGAGCGACGCAUCAUCUCCCUGUAUGGGGACAACAGCAAAGACGUCCUGGAAGCAACUUUGGAUAAAUUAAAUUCUGAACAGCUGAAAGCAUUCGUGGUUGAUGCCAUACGAACAUCAUCAACUGAUCCAGUCCAAUUGACAAAGGCGCUUUGUUUUGGCUCUCCCGUUGAGAAGUCUAGAGGCUUGGAGCGUCGCAAGGCGGUUUUCCACGACGUGUUGGACUGUGUCAAUGACGAAACGCAAGGGGACAAGACUUGUGGCGAUGUCGUUGGAGUCUUGAUGAUGGAGGUGGAUGCCUUUCCCGUGGAGCAGCUGGCUGAGUUGUGUGACUAUUUCCUGGGCAAGAUCAAGGCUGGAGAGGUUGCGAAUGGCCGGUGCCUGGAGCUGUUCCCCAAAGUCCUGUCGUCCAUCCAAUGGAUGCCGAAUGUGCCGCUCGUGGGAGACUGCAGUGGGCAGAUGACUGGCGCGGCGUACAAGUCUCACAUGAUCAACAAGGUGUGCUCGUGCAAGUGGUCCUCCGGCGUAGUCAUCCACCUGGCCGCCAUGUUUCGUGAUGUCACCAUGACAACCGAAGAACUGCGGUUUGUGCUGGAGAAGGUUGUGAGAAUGCUGGAUGGUAUUACUCUCACCGAGUUGCCACCGCUUGUCUACCAGCUGCUCCUACUGGCCAACAAGGGUCAUAAGCGGCUGGUACUGGAUGGCCUGUGCACAUACUUCAGCAAACUGGACAAACAGAGUAUGACUGACGACACCGGGAAGGACUUGCAGGCUGAAGCACCUGCUGAUCUGCGGCCCACACAGGGAACUGUCAUACUGCACAUUACGUUUGCGGCCAAGCAAGACCAGGAGUUGGGGCGCGAGUUUGUAAAGACCCUGAAGGUGUGCCAGCAGCGCUCCAGCAGUUCAGUGCUGUCUCCAUUCGUCCUGGCACUGGCGCUAUCGUUGGCUCGCAUUCGCCGAUUCGAGGAGCCCGUGUUUGAGAUCCUUACGUCGGCAAUCAGCCGCAGCUACCGGGAUGCGGAGAAGCGGAAAAUGUCUCGCUGGGCAUACGAAACAUCACCGGUUGUUUCUAACAUAGCGUCACUGCUCAUGGAUGUCUGCAGGCUGACUGGCUGGGAGCAUGUCAUGCAGGGCCUGGUGCAGCUUGGCUUUCUGCUCAUGGACAGCAAUACACCAAAGUCCACCGGCUUUUGUGCUGACACACCCCAGCGACAGACAUGUGCUCUUGGCUCUCAGGUUUUACUGGAGACGUUCAAAGUUCAUGAUGCUGUCCGUGCUGACAUCCUGCAGCAGAUACUGAACAGGAUUGUCGUGAAGACGUCAUCGAGUGCCGAGCAUUACCUAGAUUUACUGACAGCGGCUGCUGUGCAUUCACCACAAACCUUGCUAGACUCUCUGCCCAAGGUCCGCGAAGCGUUUGAUUAUCUCUCCUACUUGCCACUGUCAUCCGCUAUUGGCCUUCUACGAAGUGUCCAGCCUCUAAUGAAUCUCAGCGCAUCGCUGAAGGACUCGCUGAUUCUCGUGUUGCGCAAGGCUCUCUUCUCACGGGAAGUCGAGUCGCGCAAAGUCGGUCUUGCCGGCUUCUUGCUGCUGCUGCGUAAGCUAAAGGUGCUGGGUGGCUGUGUGCCCUGCAGUCAAGCAAGCCAACCUUGGUCAGCAAGUCAAAUCCAGGUUGAAGUUCACUCGCAAGUGCGCCCCUCCGGCCAUGAAGCUCUCUGCUUGGAUAUCCUCGGUAACAUCCGUCGGUGCAUGACACAGCAGAUGGUCAUCCGUAAAAUGCUCUAUCAGGGUCUCUAUCAUGUCCUGGUUGCCAAUCCAGAACUGAGGACGUCUGUGCUGGACUUGCUGCGGAGACAGCUGGAGCUCUAUUACAUAGCGGAUGCCCAUCAAGCAUCACCGGUGUCGCUGGAGUCCUGCUUCACCAUGUCCGGUGAUGUGGCCAAGUGCAAUGAGCCUGUGGGUGACCUGCUGCUGGCAGUGCAGUCUUGCCUGGAGCAGUGCCUGCACUGGCUGGAUACUGCCGAGGACGAUGAUGUCACUGCUGACGAGCGGACCAUUAUCGACAAGACGCAGAAGAUGGUGUCCGGUAUUGUGAGGCGGCUGCAGAAGUGCGAGCUAGAGGAUUUUGAUCUGGACAAAUCAGCCGAGUAUUCAACAGCCACCAGCGUUGGAGCUAAGAAUCACAUGAGCGCUGGACUAGUUUGGGUCUCUACGAGGCUGCUAUAGAAUUUGUGUUCAUGGAUGGCAGUUUUAGUGCUGACAGCGGGCAGGAGAUCUGCAAGCUCUUCACGGUACACGAGUUACUGACCAACGUGUUGGCGGACAAGGCCUCAGCAGGCGUGAAGCGAGGCCGUGGCGGAGGCGGUGGUGGCGGCGGAGGUGGAACCAAAUCGCCAUCAUCACAACGGACACCUCUGUUUUCGCUUCAGUUCCUGACACAAUACUGGAAGGCAGUGUACAGUGAUCAGUUGCCGAGCCAUCAGGAGUGCCUGGUGCCGCUGCGUGCAAACGUUGCACUGAACCGCUACCUGCUGACCGUCACACUACAGCACAUGCAACGGCUGUAUGAGAAUGGGCACUCCGUGUUGGCGGACGGGAAAACUAAGGAAAGUGACUUUGGACCAGUGUGCCACCAUUGCUAAAAUGCUGCUUGGACCAUUCGCAAAGGCUGUGUCCAAGGAACUAUUGGCGAUGCGUCCGGCGUUGAUCCACUGGUGCUGGUGCUGCUGGCGGCGGUGGUGCUGGAAAAGACAAGG